UUUGUCUGUGGUUGCGUUGUCACUCACCUGUGUAUUUUCUACUGCAUUACGUUUAUAUGUAGGUAUUCUCUCAUUUAUCAGUUCGUAGCAUUUCAUUUCUGAUUGUUGUUCUUAUAUUUUUUAAAGUGUUCAAAGCUACAAAGGUGUGAGAUGCCCCGUAGGCUCUGUUUUUGGACGCGCAAAUUAGAGUUAGAACUUGUGGAGUUCGUUCGUCAGAGAGAGUUCAUUUGGAAGCCUUUAGGCAACACAAAUCACCAAAUACAGCAGAAAUACAAAGCGUACGCCGAAUUCGCGGCUAAAUUGGGUGUUGGAUAUACAGCACGCUCAGUUCGCGACAGAUGGGUGAACAUACGUAGCACUUUCCACCACAACCUGAGACGUGUGGAGAAAUCCAAGAUAACAGCCCGCAGCCAAGCUGAUGUUUAUGUACCGUCUUGGCCAUUAUGGAAACCACUGCAGUUUCUCCGCGAUGGCUCUGGGAGGGAGGAAGUCGGGAAUUACGAGGGCUAUCCUCCACCGGAUCACUUCGAAAACAAUGUCGCAGUAAAAGAAGAACAAGGUGAUGAUGUAUUAGGAACAUUGAGAAUCAGACAACGUGGUGAUAGAACAGACAGGCCAAAAGCAAAAAUACAUAAGAAACAUCAUAAAAUAAACCAGUGUAAAAGAGUUCUUGAUGAUUUAGUCAGAGCAAUGACACCUCUAGUGGAUAAACCUCAAGCGAGUCAAGAUUAUUGGUCCUUCGGCAGACAUGUGACGGAGAGAUUGAACGCGAUGAGGGAGAGAGACGCCGAAUGUGCUAGCAAUGAUAUAAUCAUGUUUUUGGAUAGUUUGUCUCCAGAAUGAAAAUCCACCAAAUGCCAGUAACGCAUUCUUUUGUACUUCAACCACAUGGUAGCGAGAACCCAGAAAAACUGAUUGUGGUUGGGAACGCUAAAGGCCAGAGGUCGCGCGAUCGUUUCCCAACGAAAAGGACCGAUCAAAUGGCCAUACAUAUAAUGUCUAUCCCUUUCGGGGUAGACAGCCAACAGUCCCGAAAGGACUGAAAGGCCGCGUUCAGCUGUUUGACUCAUCGAAUCGAACUCAAAACCCAAGUUUACAGGCCUAUAUUUAAUGGAGGGUCUCGACCUCAAAAUUUUACAUGGUUGUAAGGGAUGCGGUGGACAGAGGCCGCUGGAGGCUGAUCUUCUGGUCUAGACGCAAUCCUGAUGCUGAACACGAUGCUCAGACAUAAGGGAACAACCAGAGAGAGUCUUGAUUUACAAUAAGAAUUUGAUUCAGAGAAAUCAUCGUCAUCACUGUUGACUCACAUCAACAAAAAAUACAAAAAGAUGUUUAUGAAGGGGAUUACAAUAAACAAAAAGUACCUAAUAAGGAUUAAUUUGUUGUAA